GAGCAUUUUAAAGUGGUAUUUUAAUAGUUAAUUCCUCACAUUUUGCUUAGUUAAUUCCUUAACGAAUCGAUUUUUAACUCAAUUUCUAUUUUCUUAGGUACAUUGGAGUAGAUGAUGAUGAAAUGAGAAUUAGGUCCAUAAUUACCUAUAAAUGAUGGAGAAAAAUGGAAAUGUACUAAAAGGUCAAUUUUACACAUUUUCCUACUCCGGCUAGGAGAAACCAAGCCAAGCAAGGAAGAAGGAGCGGGCGCCUGACCAAAUGAACUCCAAAUGAGCUGAAAAUUUCCAGAUCCAUUCUAGACAUCCUAAGGAUCAUUUCUUAUGAAGAGUGCCAGAGCUAGAAUUGAGUGGAAGGCCUUCAAACAGUCAGCCCAAUUUCCUGCAGAAGCAAAACUGGAAAACUGGACCCGUAAGGAGUCCAGCAGAGAUUCUGGCCCAAAGACAUGAAAAUAAAUUCUGAAAUUCUACCAAAAUGAUCUACACUCAUGGUAGAUCAUUUCAUAUGAAGAAGUCAAGAGCCAAAACUGAAUUCCUGUUGGAGAAAUAAUUGAAGGAAUAAAGGGGCAGAAAUUGACCUAAAAACAGCUCAAUAUUCACAUGUUCAUGUUUCCUACCCACAUGAAGAAAGCUAGAUGCUUUUCUCUUUUUCCUUGGAUAUAUUUUUCUGCUCCAAAAGAUCAUCAUCACUUCCAUACUUCUGCACAUUCAUGCCUUGCUUUCAUUUCAUCAUUACUCCAUCUUUUCCAUAUUUUACAAACCACUUUCAUUAUUUUUCUUCCAUUUAUCAUUUCACUCUUCUUUUUUUUCCCUAUAUAAACACCUUCUCCUCUCACUCUAAACACAUUCCUUCAUCCAUUAAUCCAUCUUCUUUGUCUCUCCAUUUCCUUUCCAUUUUCCUUUCCAUCCUCUAGUUUCAAGUUUAGUCAUCUCCAUGAGUUCAAGCAAGGCCAAAGAAGAAGAAGAGAAGCCGUGAGCACUUCCAUCCAUAGCCAUCCUUGAAGCUUGCUUUCGAGUUUCAAGAAUCCACAACGUGAAUCAUCCAUCUCAUCUUCAUCCACGGUGAAUUCCAUGAAUGACCGAGCCUUCUAAAAUCCCUAGUGCACGAGAGAUUGAAGAAAGACUUGCUCGUUUGAAGAAUCCUCCACAACUUGAAUACAGAAGACCUUCUUUCUUGCAAUUAAAACCGUACACAUUCAACGAGCAAGGGAAGAGAAUCUUAGAUCCUUCAGAGGAAUCCACAUCACCUACACCUACUCCAUCUCCUCCUUCACGUUCACCUUCACCUGUUGUUUCGUCCAACUCUACACCACCACCUACACCAACACCUGAAGAAGUUCAAGAAGAGAGAAUGGCAUCCAUUAGGGAACUAUCCACAGCAACAGUCGAGGGAGGACCCCCUACAGGCAUUGUGUACCCUGCCCCUGCAGCAGGAAGACAAGCAGAGUUUGAACUGAAGAGUGGACUAUUGCACCAACUCCCUAUGUUCCAUGGGCUUCCUAUGGAGGACGCCAACAAACAUCUUAGAGCAUUUCAGGUUGUGUGUUCUAACAUGCAACCACAAGGAGCAGAUGAGAACAUUUUGAAGAUGAAGGCAUUUCCAUUCUCCUUAGCUGAUAGAGCCAAAGAUUGGCUAUAUGAGAUUCCUGCUGGACGUAUCACCUCUUGGGACACAAUGUGGAAGGCCUUCUUGGAAAAAUACUUCCCAGCUUCAAAGGUCAUCACACUCAGGAAGAAGCUCAGUGGAAUUGAACAAGCCCCAGAUGAGUCCUAUUCUGCCUAUUAUGAGAGGUUCAACUCCUUACUUGCCCAAUGUCCUCAACAUCAGAUGAAGGAUGAGACCCUACUUACAUGCUUUUAUGAGGGACUCUUACCUUUAGAGAGGCAAAUGCUUGAUGCUGCAGCUGGAGGAGCUUUUGUGGACAAGUCACCUGUAGCUGGAAAGGAACUUAUUGAGAAUCGUGCCCUCAACAAUCAACAAUAUGAGGGUAUAGGGCACUCCAUUCGAAAGGUGCAUGAAGUGGGCAGGAAUACUGCCAUUGAGGAUAAAUUGAACAAGCUCACUCUCCUAAUGAACCAAGUCGUCACUUCUAAGGGAAUUGGUGCACCAAUAGCUUGUGGGGUAUGCUCUAUGCAAGGGCAUGUUACAGAUCAAUGCCCUCAACUCAAUGAAAAUGGAGGAUGGGAAUCUGCAAAUGCUAUUGGAGGAUAUCAAGGAGGAUAUCAAGGAGGAUACCAGGGAGGACCUCAACGUCCUAGGCAUGACCCCUAUUCCAACACUUACAACCCAGGAUGGAGGGACCAUCCAAACUUCAAGUGGACCAACAAUGACAACGUUCAGAAUCCUCUUGGUGGGAACUUCCAACGUCCUCAAGGGCCUUCAUUUCAAGGAUCAUCUUUUCAAAGGCCUUACAUGCCCCCUCCUACACAGAACUCUGGGAAUUCCAACUCUCAUUAUGAUAAGGCGUUGGAAGCCUUGACUAGCUCUACACAAGCCUUGACAAACUCCACUCAGGCUUUGAUUCAAGGACAACAGACCCAUACUAAGGACAUUGCAGAACUCAAGAAGCAGAUGGGCCAAGUUGUGGACUUCAUGAGCAAGAUCCAUGAGACUGGGAAGCUCCCUAGUGUCACCAUACCUAACCCAAAGGGUAAUGUGGAGAAUGCAUCAGUUGUGACUUCAAGGAGUGGAAGACCAUUUGUGGAUCAACCUCAACGGACCAAGGUGGCCCAAGCAAGCAAUGAGAAAGAACAAGAGCCCACCAAGUUGGAACUUGAGAAGGACCCUGCAACGUCCAAGGAAGAGACUAAGGCGUCCUCACCAUUAAAGGCAAAACCGGAAAUCAAAGGUAAUAAUUCUAAUUUAUCCAAUUCGGUUAUUGCUAACCCUUCUUCUCCUUGUAUGCCCUUCCCACGCAGGUUUGCCAAAUCAAAGAAGGACGAAAGUGACCAAGCAAUCUUGGAAACUUUCAAGAAGGUACAAGUAAACCUACCCCUCCUAGAGGCCAUCAAGCAAGUCCCCAAGUAUGCUAAGUUCCUCAAAGAACUUUGCACCACAAGGAGGACAAACAGAGAAAAGGAGGUGGUAAAGCUAAGUAAGAACGUCUCUGCCCUGAUUCAGAGGAAAAUUCCUCCCAAGUGUAAGGACCCUGGAAGUUUCACUAUUCCAUGUACUAUUGGUAAUUCCAGAUUUAAGAAUGCCAUGCUAGACCUAGGAGCAUCUGUUAAUGUUAUGCCCUACUCUGUUUAUGAAACCUUAGGUUUAGGGGCACUUAAAUCUGAUAAUGUUAUCAUUCAGUUAGCUGACAGGUCCAAUGCAUACCCUAGAGGUUUGUUGGAAGAUGUGCUUGUGCAGGUUAACCAUCUUAUUUUUCCAGCUGACUUCUACGUGUUGGAAAUGGAGGACUCGCCUGUGAGUUCCACUCCAUUGCUUUUGGGGCGUCCUUUCUUAAGGACAGCUAGGACGAAAAUAGAUGUGUAUGCUGGCUUUCUCACCAUGGAAUUUGAUGGUGAUGUUAUUGGCUUCAACAUAUUUGAAGCCAUGAGGUACCCUCUUGAUGUUCAUGAUUGUUUUUCUAUUGAUAUUCUAGACAAUCUUGCGCAGAAAAUGUUUGAUAUCAUGAAUGAGGAUGCUUUGGUCACUACACUUGAGCAAGGAGUGGGAUACACCAAAGAUGGCGUCAACAUCCCAGGGGAUGUGCUCAAGGAAACUUGUGAGGACAACAUCAUUGCCAAUGUGUCCUUCCUUGAGGCAUCACCCUUCAUAGGUAAGUCAACUUCACCCUUGUCCAUUCAGUUAUCCACUAACAAGACUCUACCUUCAGUGGUUCAGGCACCAGAACUUGAACUUAAACUUCUACCAGAACACUUGAAGUAUGUCUACUUAGGGGACAAGGAGACUUUACCAGUGAUUGUAUCUUCCUCACUUACAUCUUCACAAGAGGAGAGAUUGGUGGUGAUGUUAAAGCAACACAAGACCGCCAUAGGAUGGACAUUGGCGGAUAUCAAGGGAAUAAGCCCUACAACUUGCGUCCAUAGGAUACUUCUUGAGGAGGGGACAAAACCUACUAGAGAGGCUCAACGUCGUCUCAACCCUCCAAUGAUGGAAGUUGUGAAGAAGGAGGUUAUCAAACUCCUAGAUUGUGGGGUCAUCUACCCCAUUUCGGACUCCAAAUGGGUGUCCCCAGUUCAGGUUGUGCCCAAGAAGUCUGGGGUAACUGUGGUAAAGAAUGCUGAGAACGAACUGGUGCCCCAAAGGACAGUCACAGGCCACAGAGUCUGUAUUGACUACAGGAAGCUCAACGCAACAACAAGGAAAGAUCACUUUCCUCUUCCAUUCAUUGAUCAAAUGCUUGAGCGCCUAGCUGGACAUGAGUACUACUGCUUCUUGGAUGGCUACUCAGGAUACAAUCAGAUUGCCAUAGCCAAUGAGGACCAAGAGAAGACAACGUUCACCUGCCCUUUUGGGACAUUUGCCUAUCGUCGCAUGCCUUUUGGACUUUGCAACGCACCAGGUACCUUUCAGAGGUGUAUGGUAAGUAUAUUUUCAGAUUAUAUUGAGAAAAUCAUAGAGGUAUUCAUGGAUGAUUUUUCUGUUUUUGGAAAAAGUUAUGAUGAUUGUCUUAAUAAUCUUGAAAUUAUUUUGCAACGUUGUGUGGAAACUAACCUUGUGUUAAACUGGGAAAAAUGCCAUUUUAUGGUUAGACAAGGUAUAGUUCUAGGGCAUAUCAUCUCUGCUAGGGGUAUAGAGGUGGACAAAGCUAAAGUAGACCUUAUGCGUUACUUACCCUCUCCCACUUCUGUGAGAGAGAUUCGCUCUUUUCUUGGCCAUGCAGGGUUUUACAGGAGGUUUAUCAAGGACUUCUCCAAGAUUUCGAGACCUCUAUGCCAACUACUCCAAAAAGAUGUGACGUUUACAUUUGACAAGGAGUGUCAAGAAGCUUUUGACAAGCUUAAGGAAUUGUUGACGUCUGCCCCCAUCAUGUUACCCCCAGAUUGGUCCUUGCCCUUUGAGUUGAUGUGUGAUGCCUCUGACUAUGCAGUUGGAGCUGUUUUGGGGCAAAGGAAGGACAAACGACCAUAUGCCAUCUACUACGCCUCAAGGACUCUAAAUGAUGCACAGAUGAACUAUUCAACCACAGAGAAAGAGCUCCUUGCAGUUGUCUUUGCCCUUGAGAAGUUUCGUUCUUACUUACUUGGUACCAAAGUUAUUAUCUAUACUGACCAUGCAGCUUUGAAAUAUUUGAUGACCAAGAAGGAGGCGAAACCAAGGCUCAUUAGAUGGAUACUACUCUUGCAAGAAUUUGACGUGGAAAUCAAGGACAAGAAGGGUAGUGAAAACGUGGUAGCUGACCACUUGAGUCGUUUGGUGCAUGCAGAAGACCCUCUCCCUCUGGUGGAGACGUUUCCAGAUGAGCAGCUCUUUGGACUUCAGGUAAGUGAACCAUGGUAUGCAGAUAUUGUGAAUUACAUUGUUUCUAAACAAAUUCCUGAUACCAUGUCACGUGCUCAUAGAGAUAGGCUUAAGAAAAUUGUUAAGCAAUAUGUUUGGGAUGAACCUUAUCUAUGGAAAUAUUGCUCUGAUCAACUGAUUAGGAGAUGUGUGCCUGAACAUGAACAUAAUGCCAUACUUUCUUUUUGCCAUUCUAAAGCAUGUGGGGGUCACUUUGGGUCUAAGAAGACUGCAUUUAAGGUGUUAGAGUCUGGGUUCUUUUGGCCAACGUUAUUUAAGGAUGCAUAUGCCUAUUGUUUAACAUGUGAUAGAUGCCAAAGAACCGGAAAUCUAAGUUCUAGAGAUCAAAUGCCAUUAUCUAAUAUCAUAACUGUUGAAAUAUUUGAUGUCUGGGGUAUAGAUUUCAUGGGCCCUUUUCCUUCAUCUUUUGGAUGUCUCUAUAUAUUGCUUGCUGUGGAUUAUGUUUCGAAAUGGGUGGAAGCCAAGGCCACUCGGACUAAUGACUCUAAGGUUGUUGCAGAUUUUAUCAAGUCUAACAUCUUUAGCAGGUUUGGAAUGCCUAGAGUUCUUAUUAGUGAUGGUGGCUCCCACUUUUGCAAUCGGACGAUUGAAGCUCUCUUGAAGAAGUAUGAUGUGACACAUAAGGUUUCUACACCUUAUCAUCCCCAAACAAGUGGGCAAGCUGAAGUCUCAAAUCGUGAGAUCAAGGGAAUAUUGGAGAAGACUGUGAACCCUAACAGGAAGGAUUGGUCCUUGCGUUUGGAGGAUGCUUUGUGGGCCUACAGAACUGCAUAUAAAACUCCCAUAGGUAUGUCCCCAUAUCGAAUUGUGUAUGGCAAACCUUGCCAUUUACCUGUGGAGUUAGAGCACAAAGCCUGGUGGGCUGUGAAGCAGUUUAACAUGGACCUUGAUGAAGCUGGGCUUCAUAGGAAAUUGCAAUUGCAAGAGUUAGAGGAGAUAAGGAAUGAUGCAUUCGAAAGUGCAAGGAUCUACAAGGAGAAAACAAAAGCCUUCCAUGAUAAGAUGAUUCGUGGAAAGACUUUUGUUGUGGGCCAGAAAGUUCUUCUUUUCCAUUCUCGUCUUAAACUCUUCCCAGGUAAGCUUCGUUCUCGUUGGAUUGGACCUUUCACUAUUACUAAUGUGUUUCCUCAUGGAGCUGUGCAGAUAAAGAGUGAACAAACAGGUCACGAGUUCAAAGUCAAUGGCCAUCGCCUAAAGCCUUACUUUGAGGCAUUUGUGGAGCAUGAAGUGGAGGAUGUACCCCUCCAAAACGUUCCACACUCUGAGGAUUAAAUGGAGGAGGUACAAGUCUAGGCUGAAAGACUAUAAACAUUAAGCGCUGCUUGGGAGGCAACCCAAUUCAGAAGUAGCUGUGGAGGAGUCAUCAACGCAGAUUUGCUUUCUCUUCCCCCUUUACUCCUCCAUUUUCUUUUUGUUUUAGUAGUUAUUUUCGUAAAUUUCAUCCCUGUAUGCUUAAGUGUUUCAUUGCAUGCUUAUUCUUGAUUACAUUGAGGACAAUGCAAUAUUUAAGUGUGGGGGAAGGGAUUUAUAUUUGAGUCAUAUAUAUGGAAAAAUACAAAAAAAAAAAUCGAAAAAUGUCAGAAAAAAAAAAAAAAAUUUCGUUGUUUUUGUUUUUGUUUUGAGUCUUAGGAUGCCUUUCAACUGUCUGGGAUGAUUCUAUAUCUCUGAAAUCAUGAUUAAAAGAGGAUCACAACAUUGAGAUGAUUUUAAACAUGGUAUUCUUUGGUUAAUUGAGAUAUAUGAAAAAUGUGUGCCUUGUAGUGGAUAUGGAUUGCAUGACCUUGGUACAGAAUAUGAGCAUGUUAAGAUGAGUUGUGAUUCAUAAAGCCAUGUGAGAUAAUUGAACCAUGUCCCUUUUUCUUGGAGUGAAAUGAAAAAUAUAUUCUUAAUUUCUUGGCGAUGUUUUGAUGAUCUCAUUAUUCUUUCAUCUUGAUUGACUGCUUGCCAUAGAUUAAGUUUAAUGGACUAGAGAAUGCUAGAAUUCGCUCUUGUGCUUGUUGAGACGUGAUAUCAAUACAUGGCCCUGAUUCUGGAAGGGAUAGAGGUUUUCUAGGAAUUACCACCAUUGCCAAAUAAACUUGUGUCCCCAAUUGUGCCCGUCGUGGGACCCCCCUAGUUAAGCCCCUUUGAGCCUACAUUAAGCCUUUUCUUUCAUCACCCUAAAAAUCCUUAACCCCUGAACCUUAGUAUAGUGAUAAUCCUACCCUUUGUUCUAAAAACUUAGUGGAGCUAUCUUUUGAGACAUACUACAUGGGUUUGGUGCUAAGGAUGAAGAUUGAGAAGAGGUGAAAGUUCAAGUGUGGGGAUAGACUUGUCCAUAAAGAAAAAGAUAUGUUGAAGCCGUGAAAAAAUGAAAAGAAAAGAGAAAAAUUGUGUACGGCUAAAAAGAAAAAGAAAGAAAAAAAAAAAUAUAUAUGUUUAUGGACUUUCAUCUCCCAUACUUAGUGAUUUUGGAGUUUGCUUUGAAUUGAAGGCCCACUACAGAAAAAUUUGACCUUUGUCCAUUUCACUAGAGUUCAAAGGAAGUUUAGAAGGAAGGUUGGGCCCAACAUGAAGACAUUAGCCCUUUUAUUUUACCUCUAUGGGUGUGGCGUUUUGAGUUGAUGGAUUUCUAGAAGUCUCUCUACAUCUGCAUGAGCUCUGCUAGGUUUUUAGGAUACUUUGACAUUCCAUACCUUUCAUUUCUGAAAACUUUGAGCCUUAGCCCCAUUACAACCCUUUGAGAAGACCUUCUUGAUCCUUAAGAUGGGACAGCCUUUGAUGUGGAGAUGAGUUACAAGAGUUGAACCUAUGGCUUGGGUCCAUUCGUGCAAGUAGUUGAUAUCCUUCAUGAGAUCUUUUGAAAAAAAAAAAAUUAUAUUCAAAAAGUGCUUUUCGUUUCUUAUAUAUGUGAGCUAUUUGACUGCCUUAAAAUAUGUUCUCUCACAUAUAAAUGAGUGAUUAUAAGCUUUUAAGCAUUGCCUUGAUCUGAGAGAAGAAAGAGUGGAUAUACCUUGUGAGGAUAUGAAUCAUACUUGUCUGAAGCAUGCUAAGCUAAACCCCAUCACCAUUGUUACAACCAAGUCCGACUUGUGUAUGUGUGGAUCAUAUGUUUUAAUUAACUCUCGAAUGCUUAACAUUGAUUCUUGGUUGAGUGCUAAUCUUGGUGUUGUGAAAGUAAGAGAUUUCUGAGACAAUAUGUUAAAGGGCAAUAGAGGUCUUUGUGAUGUCAACAUCUUGGUCUUUGUCUUUGAAUUUACUCUUUUAUGUGUGACAUUUUUUUUCUUUGUGUUUUGCUUUGUGUUUUACGUUUUUGGUUUCUUUGAGUCUUUGUGUUUUUGUUUCCAUACUUAGUCAUUUUUUUCGUUGGUUUCUUUGUUUUGUGUCAUAGUCUUUUUGGUUUGUUAGUUUUUGAUUUUGCUAAGGGACUAGCAAAAGCUAAGUGUGGGGGAAUUUGAUAGGAGCAUUUUAAAGUGGUAUUUUAAUAGUUAAUUCCUCACAUUUUGCUUAGUUAAUUCCUUAACGAAUCGAUUUUUAACUCAAUUUCUAUUUUCUUAGGUACAUUGGAGUAGAUGAUGAUGAAAUGAGAAUUAGGUCCAUAAUUACCUAUAAAUGAUGGAGAAAAAUGGAAAUGUACUAAAAGGUCAAUUUUACACAUUUUCCUACUCCGGCUAGGAGAAACCAAGCCAAGCAAGGAAGAAGGAGCGGGCGCCUGACCAAAUGAACUCCAAAUGAGCUGAAAAUUUCCAGAUCCAUUCUAGACAUCCUAAGGAUCAUUUCUUAUGAAGAGUGCCAGAGCUAGAAUUGAGUGGAAGGCCUUCAAACAGUCAGCCCAAUUUCCUGCAGAAGCAAAACUGGAAAACUGGACCCGUAAGGAGUCCAGCAGAGAUUCUGGCCCAAAGACAUGAAAAUAAAUUCUGAAAUUCUACCAAAAUGAUCUACACUCAUGGUAGAUCAUUUCAUAUGAAGAAGUCAAGAGCCAAAACUGAAUUCCUGUUGGAGAAAUAAUUGAAGGAAUAAAGGGGCAGAAAUUGACCUAAAAACAGCUCAAUAUUCACAUGUUCAUGUUUCCUACCCACAUGAAGAAAGCUAGAUGCUUUUCUCUUUUUCCUUGGAUAUAUUUUUCUGCUCCAAAAGAUCAUCAUCACUUCCAUACUUCUGCACAUUCAUGCCUUGCUUUCAUUUCAUCAUUACUCCAUCUUUUCCAUAUUUUACAAACCACUUUCAUUAUUUUUCUUCCAUUUAUCAUUUCACUCUUCUUUUUUUUCCCUAUAUAAACACCUUCUCCUCUCACUCUAAACACAUUCCUUCAUCCAUUAAUCCAUCUUCUUUGUCUCUCCAUUUCCUUUCCAUUUUCCUUUCCAUCCUCUAGUUUCAAGUUUAGUCAUCUCCAUGAGUUCAAGCAAGGCCAAAGAAGAAGAAGAGAAGCCGUGAGCACUUCCAUCCAUAGCCAUCCUUGAAGCUUGCUUUCGAGUUUCAAGAAUCCACAACGUGAAUCAUCCAUCUCAUCUUCAUCCACGGUGUAAUCCAAUUCUCCUUUGUAACCUUUGCUUUGAAUUUCGUUGGUUAUGAACUAGUUGACAUAUAUGUUUGAACAAAGUAUUAUUUCUGGAAUUUUUAUGAUUAAUUGAGAAUUUUCAGAUUCA